AUUGCGGUGAAGAGAGCCGAAAUUGCGGUGAAGAGCGGUUGAAAUUUCUUAUUUUUUUGCCUGUUUUAAAGACACGGCUUCUGCGCGUGCGCCAGCCUGGGGACUCCACCUGAAGUUGAUAAUCCCCGGGAUUGUUCAGUCUAAAAACCAUGACCAGCCGACAAUUUAGGAAAGAAAUUCUCAAUCUUUCAAGAGCACUGAGUCAUGUCGUCGAGUAGAAAAGAAUAUUAUGCUAGUAGAGAUGCCUCUAAAGUGUAUUUGUUGGGUUCUUUCCCUCGAUGGAGAGCGUUUAAGGAGCAGCAUAAAUUGAGAACAGACAAGGAUGUGGCGGAUAUGCUUCUUGACAGCUAUCUUGCGAUGAAUCGUAUAGUUUGCAAUGCAGAAACGCAAACCGAAACGGUAAUGGAAUCAACGGAUAUGCCGCCAAGUACCUUCCAAAUAUUUUUCUUCUCCCAUUAAUACCUCAACGCCAAGCGCGCACUCAAAUCCGCGUCCAUUGUCUGCUUUGUCGGAUGUUAGAACAUCAUAUUCUAUCAGGUCGGGUCAGAGUUUGAUUUCUGACAGUCGAACAUUGACAGCCAAAGAUGAUAGUUCUGAUGAUGAAAGUGAUGAUGAUAAUGACAAUUUUGGUGAACACACUAUCCAGGCAGACCAGGUUUUGUCGGACGAUUCUCUUGAUGUAUGCCCCCCGGGUUUUGACAAUCCGUGGACAUGAUAUAGAUGAGCUCUUAUAGCUUUGAUAACAUCAUUACAUGGGAGUGUUUGUAAACGACAAGGAUGUGGCCGUGUGUUGAACUAUAAGAAAACAUAUGUUGGAACAUGCCUGGUCGUAUCCUGGGGGGAAGGGUGGUCAUGUUGGAGGCAGAUGGGCAGCUCAACCCUCUUGCAACAAGAUUAGAGCAGGCAACCUCGUGCUUGCUUCUGCUUUGUUGUUGUCUGGCAAUUCCUACGCCAAGGUGGGGUUGAUGUUCAACUUCUGUAAUCUACUGGGAAGAACACAAACAGAAAUGUUGGAAAGAAAGAGAGAACAAAGAGGUUAUAUUGAGUGGUGAUGGAAGGAAUGACUCGCCUGGCCAUAGUGCACAAUAUUGUACUUACAGCUUGGCUGAUACCAAUGAUCAUGCCAUACUGCAAAUGAAUGUGGUUGAUGUGAGAGAAGCUGCUGAAAGGGAAGAGAAAUAUAAGGAGGUCACACAUCAGAAUGAUGUGUGGCAUGGAGCAAAGAACAUUGCAAAGAAAAUCACUACUGCUGAUAAAUCUAAAGACAAUGCAGAUUUGACCUUGUGGGCACCAUCAAUAAGGAACCAUUUUUGGUAUUGUUCAAAAACAUGUGCUAAUGACUCAAAAAAUCUCAAAGAUAAGUGGAUUGGUAUUUUACACCAUGUUGUUGAUGAGCAUGAGUGGGUGUUGGAGGAAGGUGUAAAUGGUGGAAAAUGUGAACAUGAUCCUCUUAAUGAAAGUGAGAGAAAGAAGCCAUGGCUUAAGAAAGAGUCUUUUGCCCAUAAAGCACGGGCAAAGAUCAUUCUGGACACUCGCUUUUUAAACACUUUGGUGUAUUAUGUUAACUUCAGGCACACAGGAUUUUUAGAGUCCUUUCAUAAUGUAAUUUUGAUGUAUGCUCCAAAGCGCCAUGCCUAUUCAUACUCAGUAUACCAAGCUAGAAACCAGCUUGCUGCCUUGGACUUUAACCACCACAGAGGCCCGGCACCAGCAACUACAGCUGAUGGGAAAGAAAGGUACGGUCGGAAGUUCAGUAAGCGUACACAACAGUGGUGCCGUGUUCGUGUUCUUGUACCAAAAGAAUUUAGUUACAUUCCUGAACUGAUUGAGAAGGUUUUUAUCAAGAGGAUCACAUCAGAUUGUGGUUUAUUUUGGUCUACUUUUUGGGGGCACCAUUUAUACUUUAAGUGCUAAAUUAUCUAAACACGUGCAGGCAAAUAUCCCCUGUACUGUCCAUUAGGUGAAGGAUAACGGUUACGAAUAGCAACCACACAACAGGUUGGUACUACUCUCCUAUUUCCUCUUCCUAAUCUACCAUGUUGCCAUAGAACAUACUGUCUAUAUGCAGCAUGGCUAAAGUUUUCAUUGUUCCUGACAUUGUUCAACACCAAAACAUCUUCUCUGUAUCGCAUUGAGAUCUCCAAAACAUUCCCAUCAAGGAUUAGUUGACUGAAAAGAUUUGUUCUUGAGAUACAAGGACGUCUUGAUCGGGUGCAGCAUUUGUUCU